AUCGAGAUGUUUUCGAUUCGUUUUCCUUCAAAAGAUCGGGACCUCAGAGCAGGCAGACUAGAUGCAGUGACUCAUGCUGCACGAGGAGUUAGAUUCAUGGGAUCUGCAGCGUUGGCUUUGGCAUUCAUAGCACGAGGUGCGUUGGACUGCAUUUAUAUGGAAAUGCUUAAACCUUGGGACAUUGCAGCAGGAGUAUUGCUAAUUCGUGAAGCAGGUGGCACUGUAGUAGAUGCAAAAGAGAAGGAAUUUAAUAUUAUGAGACCAAAUAUAAUAGGCGGAGUAACUUGUGAGUUAGUUAUGGAAAUAAAGAAAUUAAUUAUCGAUACUGAUUUGAAGAUAAUGCGGAAGAGAUUAAAAAGAACAUAACAGACUAUGAAAUCGAAUGACAUACGAUGGCGAAUUAGCAAUACGAGAUCAGUGAAUUAAGAAUUUUCAGAUUGAAUCUAUUACGCAACAAGA